AAGGAAAACAAUUAUUUCUAUUAACCCUUAGACUAUAAUAAGUAAACAUUGGUGACUCAAGAGUUGCUCUCAUAAAUCAUAUAAAACGAUAUUGAAUAAAUGUGUUCUUGUAAGUACAGAAAAUAUCAACUAGUAAAAGCACGAAUAUGGCUUUCCGCGCUGUCCUACUCAUCCUUGGCCUGUCAGCUAUCGCUAGCGGCAGCCCAAAGAAGUACACCCACUACUACUGGAGAGACUACACUGGAGAGGUCCCAUGUGACGCAGUGGUCGGAGGUCAUGAUGAACUCAACAGAACCACAUACAUUGGGCAAGGAGUCGCUCUCAACAACGACUAUUACACAUUCUCACCUUUGACGAUCAUCGAGGGUGAUGCAGUCCAAAGAGCUCCGCUCUGGGGCUAUGGAAUGCCAGUCGUACAGACCAGGAUUUUAUGCGUGACGUCACCCUAUCCAGACAAGUGGAUUGCCACGAAUUCACAGAAUUUGGUUGCAGAUACAGUUAACGAACAACUGGUACUUGGUGGUAUCGAAGGCAGUAAACAUGACGACAAUGUCAGAUAUGAGCUGAACAUUGGCAGAGCUAAGGUGGGGAACAAACUCCUAACUGGGAAAAUCAUAACCCUGGAUACCUACAACUCCGUAUUGUACGUUGUUGAUGGAUGGCAAGCACAAGAAGUCAAAGAAUUCGAAGUUUUAGUAGCAAACAACUGAUUGUAGCCAAUUCGAACAUAUUGAUUAACCUAUACAAUAAAAAUCUGUAUUAUCUCGAAAUUAUUCCGUAGAUUAUUCCCUAUAUUUGUCCUUGACCCUACAUGACAGGAUCGUGAAAAUAUAAGACAAUUUACAUCAUAUCAGGACUGCUU